AGAUUUUAAAUGUAGUGGUGCCUUGUCAGUCCACAGGAGAACUCACACAGGUUAAUAGCAGCUGCUAAACAUGAGAGGGUCUUACAGACUUAAUGGCGCUUUGAUAGUCAACAUGAGAAGAACAUGUUUUUGUAAUGAAGUAGCAGCUUGACAAUAAUGCAACCAAGCUUUGAUGAUUUGAUCAGUGAAUAGUAGCAUUUCUUCUCAAAAUUCUUUGUUGCUUAGUGAGUUUACAAUUCCUACAAAUGUUUGACCUGUUCAAUGAAUGUUAUUUACAAUUGUUAAUCAGUACCUGAGUUAAUAUGAGUGGAUCGUGAACACUGAUGUUGAAGUUGAGAAACCUUCUCUACUGGUGGAUGUUCAUUUAUGAUGUCAUCCUGCCAACAAAGCUCCAACAUCAACAUAUUUAUAAGGAGGAGGAAGUUCUGGCUGAUCAGCAGCUCUGUGACCAGGAGAGGAACUCCAGUGAGGACCAAGAGGACCCAGAGCCUCCACAGAUUAAAGAGGAACAGAAGGAUCUCUGCACCAGUCAGGAGAGAGAGCAGCUUGUAGUGAAGCAGGAGUCCGAUAACUUUAUGUUGAUUCUUCCUUAUGAAGAAAGUGAGCACAGUGAACCUGAACCAAAAAGUGACCACCUGCUCCUUUCUGACAAUUCUCAUGUAGCUGAGAGUCAAGAUCAGAAUGAAGGGAAGCAUGGAGACUCAGGAUCAAGUAGAAAUACAGAGCCUGAGCCAAAUGAAGGGCACCACAAAACCAGAAGUCCCAGUACAAGUGUUGACAAGCUUAACCAGUCAGAGGUUGACUGUAAUAGUAAUAGAAUAAAUAAAAGUUGUUCAAAUGUGACAUUUGUGGGAAAGAACUUAAGUCUUAAGUCAAAAUUUAACAUUCGCAUGAGAACACACACAGGUGAGAAGCUGUACAGUUGCAAGACCUGUGGAAAAAGAUUCACUAUCGAUUCUGUAUUGAAAAUCCACAUGAGAACCCACACUGGUGAGAAACCACAUUCUUGCAACACAUGUGGAAAACAUUUCAGAAAUUGUGGUAAUUUGUCAGAUCACAUGAGAACCCACACUGGUGAGAAGCCGUAUUCUUGCAACACUUGUGGGAAGGGUUAUUCACAUAGUUGUGCAUUGAGAGUCCACAUGAGAACCCACACUGGUUUAAAGUCAUAUUCUAGCAAAACAUGUGGGAAAGGGUUUUUACGUGGCAAAAAGUUGUCAGCCCACCUGAGAGUCCACACAGAGUAGAAACCUUACAUUUGCCAGAUCUGCGGGAAAGGAUACGCUGACUCUUCAAGACUGAAAAGGCAUUUGAGCAUCCACUAGCUGCUACAAAACAAAUGUGUUCUCAUUAUGACUUCAGUAAAUGAAAACAAGUAUAUUUAAAUACCAGGAUUUGUCAGAGGUCAUCUUGCAAAAUGAUUCUUUUUAGAUACAUAUUGCUCGUAUUACUUCUGUUCAUUAGCUUGAUGAUUUUUUAAAAGCACUGUGCUUAAUGUACUUGAGAAAUCUGAAUAUUUUGACCACUGCUACUGGACUGGUGCCAGCAGAACCACCUCCAGCUCAACGCCAGGAAGACCAAAGAGCUGGUGGUGGAUUUCCACAGGCACAAACAACCCUGCACUAGGGCUGCACGAUACUGGAAAAAAGAAAUUAUAGUGCUAUUUUUCUUUUUACCCUAUGAUAUAUAUUUGGGUAUGAAAAAAUACAGGAAUUUUCAGCAGAUGACCUGAAUAGCACUUUAUGUUGUGUUGCACCGCUGCUGUCUUGUGGACAAUUAACCUGCACUGAUCUUACCAAGUUUUGUCGUACUGAGCUGUGUGGUAUCGACAUAAAUGGUCAAACAAAUUAGUCGUGUUACGGCAAUGUCGACACAGAACACGUGUUUGGUCAAUAUCAUGUAACCAAAAUAAUUCCAGUUAACUGACGUUGCUUUUCUUUUUGACACCAAGUCUUCAUUUUCUGCUAUUUUCUCUUUUUUUUCUCUCAUUUUUCCAUGUUGUUACCAGCGACUCACUCCAUGUGCAGGGGCGUGGUCUGCUUCCGCACACUGAAUAAGAACUAAUGUGAUUGCAUGCACAGCGUGUGUCAGGUACCCUUGAAAUUAGAUGAGUUAAUUUGCCUCCUACAUUGCAGGCUCUGCGAUGACGCUCAAACGAUAUAUUGUGCAGCCCUACCCUGCACACAGGUGAACGUCAUUGAGAUGCUGACAUCUUACAACUACCUGAGAGUUCACCUGAACAAUAAACUGAUCUGGACUGAUCACACUGCAGCAACCUAUAAGAAAGGUCAGAGCGGACUCCAUUUACUGAGGAAGCUCAGGUCAUUUGGAGUGAAGGGGGCACUCUUGACAAUUAUCUGUGACUCUGUGGUAGCAUCAGCCUUUUUUAUGGAGUAGUCUACUGGAGCAGCAGCAUUUCGGCAGCAGGCAGGAAGAUGCCUUCCCGGGAUGCCCCCUCUUGACCCAGUGCAGGUGGUGGGAGAGAGCAGGAUGAUGGAUAAGCUGUCAUGGUUACUGGUGAUAGAGUCCCACCCCCUGCAGGGUCACCAUCACUGCUCUGGGCAGCCCCCAAGUGUGUGAAGGGAGGGUGAUGCAGGUCCUUCCCUCCUGCCGCUGUCAGACUCUACAACCGGCACUGCCCCCAGUAGACCUCAUUUGUGCACUGUGCAAUAAAAACUCUUCAUGCAACCCAUUAUAAUU